AUGCAGGAGAUAAAGAGUGGGAAUGGUCCGGCAGUAAAAGCAGCCCGUCAAGCCCGUUUUUUGGUCAUGCCCUUGAACGUUCUUGGCCGACGAUAUUCGGAUGCGUCGACGUUCUGGUUUCUCGGAGGUGCUCACUCUCGUCGCCGGAAAGUUGCCAGUGUACACAUGACUUUUAGGCGGAACAGUUACGUUCAUAGUGAAGGACUUGGAAGGUUAUAG